AUGCCACCAGGGUCUCCUCUGAGUCCUUACGGAGCCAUGAGGAUCCGGCGCAAGCAUUCAUUCAGGAAGGCUUUGAAGCACGAGUACCCUGGACAUCAACUGGAUCAGAUUGAGAAGGCCGUGCAGGAGAGUCAGCAGAGGGUUGAUCUGCAGCUGGAGGCUGGGCAGCAGGUUGAUCCCCAGCCGGAGGAGGAGCAGUCAGAGGAUGAACAGCAGCCGCGGUGCUCCUGCCAGCGGAGCCAUUGUCCACUGUGUGAGCAUCCACCCCAUCACACGGCCGAAGACUGGCCUCCGCACGAGUUCUGGCCUCCGCGGUGUUCGUUUGAGGACUAUGAGUCGCAAGCAGUCUGCAAGCUCGACGAUGCGGACAUCACAGUCUCCCCGGCCUUCUGCUGGGAGGACGCCCUGUGGCAGGGCUACACCAGCCGGUUGAUGCAGUUCACUCACGCCACGGCACGGAUGGGACUGGGCACGACGGAGCGACUGUGCACUGUCUUGCUGGACACGGGGGCCCCGACAUCCUUCAUCAAUCCGGGCCAUGCGCGCGCCAUCCCCGGGGCGUUCAUCCAGCCUUGCGAGCCGUAUGGGAUGUUGGAUUGGACCAAUUUCGCCACCAAUAGGCACACGGCGACCGAGUGCGCCGUCUUUUUUGUCUAUAUUCCGGAUCAUCUGGGCCACAAGAUGUCGCGUCGGCGCUGGACACGCAUCGUCGUGCGGGCCGUGAUUUCGCCCAACGCGGGCACUCACAAGCUCAUCCUCGGCUGCGAUUUGCUGGCCCGAGAGGACAUCGUCCUUGAUCUCCGGAGGACCAUUGGGCUUAUUGGCUCGAGUCAGACUCUUUUCCGCCUGGAGGUGGAUUGGGUCAAUCCCAAUAGUAAUAUGUAUUGA